GGUAAAUCUGUGGAAUUCAACAUCAGCGCUAGCCUGUGGUCUGUCGCAAGAACGGACUUUAUGCCUCGGUGGUAUGUAACCUCUGAUGACGUCAAAAUUAAGCCGCGUGUCGUGAACUGCACGGCGUCUGAAGACCUUGAUUUCGUCCAACCAUUUGAGGACCUACUCCAGCGGAAGCGGUGGAAAGGGGACCAGUAUGAGCCCUUCACACCGGAAAUGAGAAUGGAGAAGCUGGGAUUUAGCCCCGAGAACGUGGUCUCCAAAUUCAUCAUUCCGACUCCGAAGUCUCUACAAAUCAACGAGAACAGGCCGACGACGGCAUUCGAUAAGGACACGUGGAAAGUGUACACGUCCAACGGACUGUUCUCGGAGAUGACUCAGUAUAUCAAAGACGAGCUCGGCGUCAAUAUAACAGACUCGAUAACGCCAACUUACGCUAACGUCAUUGUCUUAUCAUACUCCAACGAAAUUGAAAAAGAAGGAUACGCGUUAGACGUAAAAAACAACAUCAUAACACUCACUUCAAACGACGCGGCUGGGAUGUUCUAUGCUGCCCAAACGUUAAGCAGCGUCAUUUCCGGUACAAAAGGGCGCAUACCGGAACUGCGAGUUGUAGACGCGCCGCGCUUCCGUUGGCGUGGGAUGCAAAUUGAUGUCGCCCGAAACUUCCACAGCGUCGUCGACAUUAAACGACUGAUCAAAGCGAUGUCGAUGUACAAGAUGAACGUGUUACAUCUUCAUCUCACGGACGAUGAGGGAUGGAGACUGGUGAUUGACGGACUUCCGGAACUCACCCAGGUUGGCGGGAGAAGGUGUCACGAUUUGUCCGAGACCGAGUGCCUAAUUCCUCAGUUUGGUUCUGGGCCAUUCCCGGACGAUUCCGGAUCCGGAUACUAUAACGCCGCAGAAUACAAGGAACUACUAUCUUACGCUAAGAAACACCGCGUAAAAGUAGUCCCCGAAUUCGACAUGCCGGGACACUCACAUGCCGCCGUGGCGUCUAUGGAGAGUCGAUUCCGGAAACUGAACGCUACAGGAAAUGGUACUGCCGCCUCCCAGUUUCGUCUGAAAGACACUCUUGACUCGUCGUUUUAUUUAUCCGUGCAAAAUUGGAUGGAUGACGCGAUUAACCCGUGUAUUGAGUCCACCUUCAGGUUUAUUGGAAAGGUCAUGGACAGCGUUAAAGCCCUGCACGCGGACAUUCAGCCCCUGGAGAUCUACCACUUCGGAGGGGACGAGGUGGCUCAUGGCGCCUGGGCGGCAUCCGACGCGUGUAGCCGCUUCCUGCGUGACAACCCUCCGUAUAGGGUCACACACGCAAGCUACAUGUGUUAA